AUGAUCUUUAACCCAGGUGCGCUAGUCGGUUAUGUGGGACUGUUAGUACUCAUCUUGGAAACACCAGUACUUUCAAUCCCGACACUACUGAAGCGAACGGCCUCCGAAUUGACAAAGGUUACACUCUCUGGCGCUACGGAGUCAACUGAUUCAACACUGCAAUCAUCUCGAGUGUUAAACGAUGUGGGAGGUCAGAUGAGGCUAGAGGCACUCUCAGGCCCAUAUGAUAUCCUUGAAGCUCCGAGGGAUACUCACCAACCUUUUGGGAAAGAUGACGGGCAUGGGAAGUACAUCCAGAAUGGUCAAGGAACAAAAUAUAUUUCGCAAGACUCAACCCAAUUAGGAAAGAAUGGGGAGCCAGGAGAUGGGGAUGGCAAUCAUUUCAAUCUGAAUCCAGGAAUGAUUAAUCAUCCAGGAAAAUAUGAGAUAAGACGAGGCGAGUUUUUCUUUUUCUGUGAGAAAUUCUAUAGUUUUUGUGAAGGUAGCUCUGAGAUAAGGGUUAAGGAAUUGUUUAUGAAGAAGUUUGGCCUUCUUACCCUUGAGGAAGGCAUUGAACUCUACAACCAACUUGCCUCAGAAGACCAAAGAAGUUCAAUACGACUGUUUGCAUUGGGCACAAAAGCAUUAGGCAGAGAAACAUCCCCACUGCAGACUUAUUGGUAUUUCCAGCAUCUUGAAGAAAUGUUCAAACAUUGGAAUGAUGUCUCAUCCCCAGGCAAAAAUACCAUAUUGAUUUCAUGGGAAGAUUUCCGAACUCUGUGCCACAAGUUCCAUUUUGAUAUUGAAGCUCCAUCAUAUGAACAUUUAGCUGAUUACUUGAAAAAACUAGCAAUUUUAGACAUCAAUCAUGAGAAGGAAGAAAUCUCAAUCCAUAAACUGCUACAUUAUACAUUCCUCUAUUUCCAUGAAAAUAAACUACAAUAG